AUGUACCGCACCAUGUCUGAGCCUCUUGUUCUUAUUACCGGAGCUACCGGUUUCAUUGGCUCCCACGCUGUCCUCUCCGCCCUCGAAGCAGGAUAUCGGGUACGUCUUGCUGUCCGCAAGUUAGAGCAGAAGCAGGCAGUCGAAGAACGAUACUCGAAAUUCGCGUCAAAAAUUGAAACAGUCGUUGUGCCAGAUAUCACGAAGUCUUCUUCCUUCGAGGACUCUUUGAACGGAGUCGAUCAUGUCUUCCAUUUAGCGUCUCCAAUGCCUGGCAAAGGCUCUGACUUUCAGGCUGACUAUGUCAGUCCGGCCGUGGGGGGGACUGAGGCGAUUCUUUACGCCGCUCUGAAUUUUCCCCAGAUCAAAAAGGUUAUUGUCAUGUCCUCAGUGCUUGCAUUGCUGCCUCCCACCGCAUCUGCUUCUGCGGAUGUGUCAGUCACUGACUUCCUAAAGCAUUUCCAGCCGCACUACACAUUGAUCACUUUCCACCCGACAUUUGUACUGGGCGAUAGUCUCAUACAAAAGAAUGCCACGGAAAUUGAUGGCAUAAACGCUACUUUCUGGUCCUCACUAUUCUUGGAAAAACCAGCUCUCCGAAAUGCGUGGGUCCACGUUCGUGACGUUGCGAUGGCUCAUGUCAAAGCACUUAGUGUCUCUAUUGAGACUGGCACCGAGUUUCUACUUUCUGCUCCUCCAGUGAACUGGAAAAAGGCUGCUGAUUUCAUCAAGAGGACCUAUCCCGAACUGGGAUGCAAACUCCAGCCACCGAUUCAAAGUGGAUGGGAGGUUGAUACUUCGAGUGCUGAUCAAGUUUUGGGCAUCACUUGGAUAUCCAUGGAAAAAACAAUCAAGGACGUUGUGGAUCAACAAUUGGCAUUUAAAGAGAGACAACGCCAUGCUCUAUAA